AUGUUGUUUGACCGCUAUACUGCCAUGUACCGCCCCCUGCUCUAUGACGUCAUCAUGAACCGAGGGGCUUGUGGGAAGAUGGCAGCCACCUUUUGGCUCAGCGGGGUCCUGUUUUGGUCCAACACGAUCCAGCAGUUCUUCUGUGACAUCCCCUCCCUGCUUAAGAUUUCUUUCUCCAAAACACACCUUAUCAUCGAUGUCACCGUGGCCGUUGGGGUCAUGGUAAACUCCCUCCUCAUCACUGUACACGUUUCCACGAUCCUCCUGGAACCCAGGCCGAAGCCCACAGACCUGGUCAUCGUCCACCUGGCUUCGGCCCACACCGCAAUGCUCCUUACCAGAGUGAUCACUGUGUCAGCAUCAGCUCAGCGUCUGCGGCUCCUGCAGUUGGACGUUGGAUGCCCAGCUCAAAGCCUGGCCAGAAAGAAUAUUCGCCCAAUCUUUAUCCUCCUGUGGCUCCCCAACUCGAUCGUGGAUAUCAACCUCUUGUUCAAUACCGUUGCAUCUUUCAACGUGACCAGCUGCAAGCCCACAUUCAGUGAUGACUACUGUUUCAUCAGGCCUGUCAGCAGCCUCGUAGGGCUCUUCCUCUUCUUUAUGGCACUCCGUGAUAUCCUGUCCUUGGGAAUCAUGGGAAGCUCUAGUAGCUACAUGGUCGUCCUCCUUUUCCGACACAGUCGGAAGGUCUGGCAUUUCCAUGGCCAGAACCCACCUCCUCGGAAAUCCCCAGAGACGAAAGCAACCCAGACCGUCAUGUUGCUGGGCAGCUGCUUCGUGGCCUUCUACUGCAAGGACUUCAUACUGUCACUGUUUCUGGGGAGUUUCCUCAGGAACAGCAUCAUCCUUCUGAAUUCGAAUAUGUUUGUGGUCAGCAGUUUUGCCACUGUCAGCUCCUUCUUGCUGCUAAGCAGUAACUCCAAGUUUGCCAAGUUCUGA